AUGCAUCUCGGCUUAGCCAUCAUCGCGGCCUUGAGCCUCACCAUCGACGCCUACCCGCAACAGCGACAUGGCUUUCUCCGAAUCCUGCCACGGGCCAAUGAGACGGGGAUUUUGUGCGGCCAGACCGAGUACUCCCUCACCGAGGUGCAGUCGGCGGCGGAUGCGGCUUGCCAGCACGUGGAGGACGGCACGACGGCGGGCAGCUCGAGCUACCCGCACACGUAUCGAAACCAGGAAGGCUUCGAUUUCAACGGAGUCGAAGGGCCCUUUGUCGAGUUCCCGAUGAAGACAACUGGUGUCUACAAAGGCGGCAAGCCUGGAGCUGAUAGAGUCAUCAUCACUGAGAAGUGCGUUCUGGCUGGCCAGAUCACGCAUACCGGGGCGAAGGGCAACGCGUUUGUGGGAUGCGAGGGAACCAGCUAA